AUGGGUCCCGUGGGGGGGGCCCCCCGGGCUGCAGCGCCAGACCAGGGCCUCGCCAUGGGGGGCCCCUCUUUUCCCCAGUUCUGCAGUUCGGGGGCCCCUGGGGCCCCUAUAGCCACUGACAGGGUGUUGGGGGCCCCCGCCCACCCCUCUGAGUUUCUGUGGGACUCUGCAGCAGUGCUGCAGCACUUGGGCUGCUUCUUGACGGCCAAGGAUCUGCUGCAGCUCUGCUGCUGCUGCCGCCAGCUGCAGCAGCAGCAGCAGCCUGGGGGGCUGCUGCACAGCGCCCUUGAAGCAGCACUAGCUGAGCUGCUGCCGGGGCCCACAGGCAGGUUUGAGUUGCUGCUGGAGGCCACAGACGCGAGCCCUAACUUAGGAGGCCCCCCAGGUGAGCAGCAGCAGCUGCUGCUGCUGUUUGCUGCUGCGCCCGUGCCUGCGUCUGGUGCACUGGCAGCAACAGUCCUUGCAUCAGCAGCUGCUGCUGUUAGCUGCAGCAGCUGCUGCUGCUGUUUGCUGCUACGCCCAUUGCUGCGCCUGGUGCAGUGGCAGCAACAGCAGCUGCAGCAGCAGCUGCAGCAGCAGCAACGGCCACAGAAAAGCCAGCUGCUGCUGCUGUUUGCUGCUGCACCCGUUGCUGCUGCUUCUGCUUCUUUCGGUGCUUUUGCUGUUUCUGUUGCUGCUGCUCUUCUUGCUGCACUGCUGCGCUGCUGCUUUAUGGGCUCUUUCCCUUUCUUUGCUCUUGCACCGCAGGUUCUAAUUGCUGCUGCUGCUGCUGCUGCUGCUGCUGCAAUCGCACCGCAGCAAAAGCAGCGGUUCCCAGAACAGCAGGAGCAGCUGCUGCUGCUGCACGCCGAGAACCCCCCGCCGCCGCCACAAGAGCAGCAGCAGCAGCAGCAGCAGCAGCAGACCAGCGAGAAGACACAGGGGACAAAAGGAAGCUGCUAA